AUGAAAAUUGAAAUACUCCUUAUUACUUUACUUCUAGCAUAGAAUGUAAUUGCUGAUCCUAAGCCUGGAAAACCAGUAACUUGUGGUCAAAACUCAAAAGAUUGUACUAAUUGUCCUGUGGUAUAUUACUCUAGUUGGGUAUAUGACUAAACAACUUAGUAGUGUCAUAUUGAUGAUUGUAAUGCUUCAACUAUUAUCUAUUUCAGUGAUUAAUAUUGUCUUAGCUGUUAAUCAGAUGAUUCUAAUACCUAUUCUAAUGGGUCGGCCUGUGUGAAAAGUUCUGAUUCCUGUUAUUCAAGAUAAUCACCUUGGACAGAUUCAGAUUGCUAAGUAUGUGGUUAAGGAUAAUAUGCAAUUUUUAAUGGGUAACUGUGUUCUUAGAACUAAUGUAAUUAAUAGACUUGGACAGAUUAAGACUGUUAAAAUUGUAACUGGUCAUACGUUGCUUCUCCUGAUUAAACUAAAUGUGUUAACACUAAUGGAAUAUCAUGCACAUAAAUAAAGCAAGGAUAAAUGAUUUCCGAUUAAUUUUGCUAAGCUUGCUAUUCCCAAAAUUAUUACGCUGAUAUUUAUUUAGAAAAAUGUGUUUAAUCAUCAGAUAAUUGCGGAUAAUACCAGAAUCCUAAUGGAAACUACUAUUAUUAUAAUUUAAAAUAUAAUAACUAUGAAUAAAGAAAAACUCCAUGGACUGAUGAUGACUGUAAAAUAUGUGGUUCAUAAUAUGCUCUUCCUGAUCAAUCUGAAUGCUUUUCUUGUUAGAUAAUACAAUAACUAAAUGAAUACUCAGAUUAUAUAUGCUAAAAAUGCUUUGGUGCUGGCUAUUUUGCAACUUUUGAUGGCUCAUCCUGUGUUUAAUCUUCAGAUACUUGCGGAAAUAACUAAUAUUAUAGUGGUGCAAUUAAAUAAUAAAGAUCAUUACCUUGGACAGAUAAUGAUUGUGUUUUAUGUAAAGAAGGGUAAUAUGCAUAUUAACGUUAAUAUGGAUGCUUCACUUGCCCUAGUUCUUCAACAAGUGGAUCUAACUACAAUGAUGAAAUUUGCUAAAAGUGUUUUGGAAAAUAAUAUUUUGCAGCAGUAGAUGGGAAUUCUUGUGUUUAAUCAAGUGACAGUUGUAAUAGAGGUCCAUUACAAAGAUUUAAACCUUGGACAGACAAUGAUUGCUAAUUAUGUAAAGCUGGAUAAUAUGCAUCUAUCUAGCAAAAUCAGUGUUAUAGUUGUUAAUCAAACAAUUUACCUUACAGUUAUUGGUAUAACUAUAAUGAUGAAAUGUGCUAAAAAUGCUUUGGAUAAGGUUAUUUUGCAACAGUAGAUGGAUAAAAUUGUGUUCAAUCAUAAUUUACAUGUGGCAGAUAUUAUCCAAGAUUAACUUAAUGGACAGAUAGCGAUUGUUAAUUGUGCAAAGCAGGUUAAUAUGCUUAUUAACACCAAGGUGGGUGUUUUUAUUGUGCAUAAGGCUCCUAAAAUGAUGAAGUUUGCUAAAAAUGUGUAGGAAAAGGUUAUUUUGCAUCUAGUGAUGGAUCAUGUGUUUAAUCUUCAGAUACUUGCGGAAAUAAUUACUAAAAUUAAAGAUUAACCCCAUGGACGGAUUAAGAUUGUUAAUUGUGCAAACAUGGUUAGUAUGCUUAUGCUAAAUAGUAAGGUUGCUUUUAUUGCCAACCAAAUAACUGGAAUUUUUAUGGCUUUAACGAUGAAAUUUGUAGUAAGUGCUUUGGAUAAGGCUACUUUGCUACUUUUGAUAAAUAAACUUGCGUUUAAUCAUCAGAUUCUUGUGAAGCUGUUAUGAAUAACUACGGUUUUAUUUCUUAUCAAAAUUUAAGAUUGAGUCCUUGGACUGAUUCAGAUUGCUAAUUGUGUAAAGCAGGCGAAUUUGCUCUUCCUGACAAAUUAGGAUGCUAUUCUUGUCCAAAUUCAAAUCCGUAUUCGUAUCAAAACUAUUAACUGAAUGAUCUCAUAUGCUAGCUUUGUUUUGGCUCAGGUUAUUUUGCAGCUUUAAAUGGGUAAUAAUGUGUUUAAUCUUCUGAUACUUGUGGAAGAAAUUUAGUUUAAAGUAAUCAAAAUUAUUAUACUAGUUUUCCUAACAGAUCAAGUCCUUGGACCGAUUAAGAUUGCCAGCUAUGCCAAGUUGGUCAAUAUGCUACUCUUGAUAAAAAUUCUUGUUUUACUUGCAAUUAUCAAACUUAUUUCCCCUAUUAUCCAACUGUACCUUAUUAUUAACCAUCAGAUCAUAUAUGCUAAAUUUGUGUAGGUUAAGGUUAUUUUUUAUCUGCAACAGGAAUUUGUGUUCAAUCUUCAGAUACUUGCGGAGUAUAUUUAACAGCUAAUAAUGUGGAUAUUAAAAAUGUUAAUUUUAAUUUCUAAAAACAACAAUUUAUUUAUCCUUUAGCAUAAAGAAAAACUGCUUGGACUGACUAAGAUUGCUUUUUAUGCUAAACUGGUUAUUAUGCCAAUUAUGACAAAUCGUUUUGUUCACCAAUAUAAUGCAACAAUUAAAAAAAUUGGACAGAUAGUUUGUGUUAAUAAUGUGGUAUUAGUUAUUCAACAAAUAAUAGUACUCAAAUUAUUGGUUAUUAUGCUUCGAUAGACAAAACUCAGUGUGUUUAAACUCAUCAAUCUUGCAGCAAUUCUACAAAUGUUGAUGAUUUGUUUUGCUAAACUUGCUAUAAAAAUCCCAAAAUGUUUGCUUCUUUAGAUGGACAAGAAUGCCUUUAGUUGUAAGACUCUUGUGAUUCUAAAAUUAGAAAAGCUUUGUGGACAGAUAGUGAUUGCCAAAAAUGUAAGAAAGGAAAACAUGCUACUUUUGAUAAAAAAAGUUGUGCAAAAACAGCCAAUUGCUCAUCUUAAAAAUCUCCAUUUUCUGAUGAUUUUUGUUAGCAAUGCAGUGAGGGCAAAUAAUAUGCUUCUAAAGAUGGGUUACACUGUUUGACCAUUAAGCAUUCCUGUAAUCAUACAGGUAGUUGGAGUGAGAAAGACUGCUAAUAGUGUUUCAAUAACAAAAAGCAUGUUAAUAUUGAAGGUACAGAUUGUGUACAGAGCCAAGAUAGCUGUGUUAAUAGAAACAGUGCAUGGACAGAUCAAGAUUGUAAACUUUGUUAUCCCUAGAAGAAUAUAUCAAUUAAUUUAUUUGGAACUGAAUGUGUUGAUAUUGACUGUAAAAAAACUUCUGGAUGGACUGAUUAUGAUUGCUAUAAGUGUAAUCCUUUAAAGCCAUUUGCUUCAAGUAACAAAAGUACUUGCUAAUAGCAAAAAUGA